UCCGCUAGCGAAAUUCCUGCAUUUUCCCCCGGUAGUUGCCAGUUGUUAUCGAAUCCAGGGACAAAUUUCUCCCCGCAAGUAGCCGCCUAGCUUUCCACAAGAGAUGUAACGUGAACGCUGUCAUCGCUACCUAACAUAACAUAACCGUACAUCAGCCAGCAUGAUGCAGUAGUAGUGACUGGACACAGGAACAGGUCUGGCGGCAGCCAUGGCUGCCUGGUAUCUCAUCUCGGAGAAACAGAGCGGCAACGGUGCCGACCAGCACAAGUACCGCCUGCGCCAGCAGAUGAUCUUUGUCGGCCGAGAGGACUGUGAAAUGGUCUUACAGUCACGAUCGGUGGACAAACAGCAUGCUGUCAUCAAGUAUGACUUGGCAGAAGACGUCUACAAAGUGAAAGACCUUGGCAGUCUAAAUGGGACUUUUCUAAAUGAAACUCGCAUCCCAGAGGAGACCUACGUCACAUUACACAAGAAGGACACCCUUCGAUUUGGUUAUGAUCACCACGUUUUUAGAAUUGAACAUUUAGAAGAUAAGGGAGAGCCAUGGGAGCUGAAACAGUUGAAGUCAGAGCUAGUAGCUCGGCGCUUGAAAGGUCGCAGGUCGUAUAGCCCUCCUUUCUACCAUGCUCACUGUGAGACAUGUGGACAUGAGGUGUACCAGCCCCAUGACUCGUACGCCCGUCCUCGUGACAGCGCCUCGCCAGCCUACGAGCAGAAGGACCAAUCAGCAAAGGUGCCUCCUCAGAACGGGUCAAGGGUCAGGGACAUGAGGAGAAGCCCAGUGUCAUCAGACCUGACUCCCCACGCCAAGCGUGGCACCCCCCUGUACGGACAGCCCCAGUGGUGGGGAGAGACGGAGGAGGGGGUGGGGUCAGGCCCUAAGGUCAAUGGAAGGGGGCACAAAGACCUGCCUGUUAGAGAAGGCAACGGUGACGGCAGAGCGGGCCCUCCUCCAGCCGGCUCCACCAACCUGAGAAGGGAGCAGAAGGAGCGAGAUGCGGUCCUGGAGCGGAUGGAUGAGACCAGGAGGGAACACAAGUACUUUGAGAUUCCUGCCACAGACUUCCAGCAGACGGACAUCUCUCCGAUGAACCCGUCCAGUAAAGACAUGUCGGAACUGAAGAAGAAGGACUCUCACCUCUGCUUCACCGUGAACCUGGACGACACGUCGCCCUUGAAGCUGAGCGUUGGCGACAGUGUGAGCAAGUUUGCGCCCUCCCACCGGCAGCAGAGGAAGGAGAGGACGGAAGGGGUGGGGGCAGACGAGACCUUGUCCUCCCCCAGGGGCAUGCACCGCAGGAGGAGGUCAGAACAUCUGGAGACUGAGCGUGAAGGCAGUCGACAGGUGGAGAUCAUGUUCAGUGGGUCCUGGAGACGAGGCCCAGCAGGCCAGAGUGAUGUUACUGAUGAUGACAGUGUGCACAGCGACAUGCCAGUGUCCAGUAGGAGCAAAACAGGAAGCCAACACCUGGAUGGAACCAGAAGUGAGUCGGAGACUGAGUCCAGACAUCCUCACCUCCAUGGCCGGGUCAGGCCGGAGGAGCAGCGCAGUCAGCAGGAGAUGUCCCCCCUGGCUCAGGCCGACCUCCAUCGCAGGAAGAAGAUGACCCCUGAGGACAUGCUGCUGGACCAACGCUCCUUCACGGUAGACUUCUACGACAGGAAGACUCCUCCCAAGACAAAAUACCCCGACUCACUGAAGGAGAAAAAAGUUGGAGUUCGAGGAAGUGUUGAGAAGGUGCAGACAAGGAAAGGCACGGAAGGGGCGUCCCCACAGCAGGGUAAGGCAGAGGCAGGAGAGAAGGACACAGGGUCACGUCCGUCCAGCGGGAAGAAGAGACAGAGUAAGGAGGACGCCCAGGCUCACCCUGUGGACCCUGACAAGGAUGUGUGUGAGGAGGACAAAACCAGUGAUGCAGGCACAUAUACUAUAGAACUAGAUGAACCUAACCCUGAAGUGGAAGAAGCCAGAAGAAAAAUAGACGAGGUGUUUGGAGUCACUGAGGCUGGGGAGCCACAGAAAGCAGCAAAGGACGUGGAGUCUCCCACAGAGCCUGGCAUCCAGGGACCAGGUGUGGAGAACCAGGCUGACCACCCGGCCUCGGCCGAGGCGGAGUCAGGUGGUUUCGGUCAGGUGGAGGUGAUUUUCACGGGCUCCUGGAAGCGAGCCAGCCAGCAGCCCAAGCGUCCUGUUGGUCCAAUCCCCCCAAGUGCUCCUAGCUGGGUCCACCAGUGGGUCAGUGCAGACCAAACCACUUCUCCGUCAGCUGAGGGGGAGCAGGCUGGAAUGCCACCGGCCCCUGCACUAGUUGUCACUGACAGAGAUGUACUUGGAAUGGACCAUCAGAAGCCGGCUAUGCCAAGAAGAAAGCUCUCGGAUGCUUCAUCCCAGGAGUCCCCAAAGACUGGCAGGAAGCGCAGAACUCUCCCCGCCAUCCCUAAGGACAAAUCCUCUUCUCAGCCGUCCAGCCGAACCACCACCCCGCCUGUAGAGAAGUCCACGUACCCGCCUGGGUCUGCUGUGUCAGAAGAGUCUCGGCACAGGGAGAGGGCAUCAGAACUGCUGGAGGGGGAGAGAAGAAUACGGAGGGGGAGUUUUACCUUGGAUGAGGACACGCCAAGCAUUCUUAAGGAACUGCAGCCUUCAGCAGAUGACACGAUGAAGGUUUUAGAUGCAGCCAGCGAUGUUAGUUUAGACACAGCAGUGUUGCUGAAGGACACUGACAGUGUUAUAGCUGCAUUGGAGUCUAGAGUAAAAGCCAGACACGCUGAGGCUCAGAGUCAGUUAGAGGGGAGCAGAAGGUCCCCUGUUGGACACGUGGGCAGGGGUCGGGAGUCCUCGGGAGACUCUGACAUGGACACAGUCAGCACCACUAGUGUGGCAGACGGAGACGUUGGGGUGAUGAAGUCUAAGUCUGCCUCCAGACGAAGUCUCAGCUCUCAGCACUGGGAACGCAGUCACGAUGGAGACAAACUUAGAGACACGUCAGCAAAACAGAGGCUGAGAGAGUCGAGACGGUCUGACCCAUACGGGGACAGGUCAUCCACCAUUUCUGAUGUUCUGUCAUCAUCAGAUGCAGACACUCAAGUUGGACGGAGUGGUAUCACUGAGAAGGGCGGGGGAACAGCUUUUCACAUCGAGUUUUCUGCCGGGUCGCCAGAAUUUUCCAGGGGCACUCCAACCAGAAGGAGCCUUGGGAGAGGAGAGAAGAAAUCCAGGCCAACAGACUUACAGAAAUCUGCUUCCAUGGAGGUGAACAAGUCCGGUACAUUCCCCAAGCCUAGACCAACCCGAGCGUCGCUCCUCCGGCGCAACCGUUUGGAGAGCGACUCGGCCAGGAGUGGACCCGACAGUUCCGGGGAGCUGGAGGAUUACCCAGAAACCCCGUCUGAAGCCAGCACUGCGUCGACAUCCAGCACGUCGUCCCGCCCCAGACCCAGCAGCGCCAAGUCCUCCCGCGAGAUGGAGAUGCAGGCGCGGCUCGACAGACUGUCCAAGCCUCGCGCCGGCAGGUUGAAGGACCCUCCCAAGAGCGACAGGAGCGACCUGAGUUUAGGGGGACAGAUCGUUAAAGCUGCCCGAGCGGGUUCAGGUCAGCCCAAGCAGGGGUCCGUCCGAGCCAGCCCACAGGCUAAGACGAGAACAGCCUCGGGACAGGGUCACAGCAGGUCUAAAUCUAUCUCCUCCACGGAGAAGGGCAGCGGGUCGGGUGUGUGGAGACGGAAGUCUGAGGCAGCGGAGGCUUCAGGAGGCAGUGUCUGGAGAAGAAGGAAGGACAACUGGGAAGACCAUGGCUCGCGGUCAUCCACUGAGUCAGCGGGAGACACGACAGACAGGUCAGAGAGCAGGGUGAAGCGGUCUAAGUCGUUUGGUGAUAGUGCACGGGCGCUUAGACGGGGUGACAGAAAAAAGUCCACCUCAAACGAAGGCUUGCACAAGUCCAGGAAAGGCUACGCCACCACUCCUGAGCCUGGCCGAUCCACAACUGAUGAGAUCUCUCGGCUGAGUCAGCAGCUGGCCGCAGACCUGGCCAUCCUGGCCCAGGGGACCGAGUCGGACGAUGGGGCCAAACACGUACCCAAGAAGAGAAUGGACAGCAAAGAGAAGCCGAAAUAUGCCACCCUCCCGCGGGCAGCAAAAGCCAGUAAAGCAGCUAAACACCUCACAGGAGUACGGAAACCUAAGAAAGAGUUGCACAUGGAUUCAAAGGGUUCAAAGCAGUUGGUAGAGAGGAUCUUUGAAGACAGCAUGUCUAAACAGCCCAAGUCUGGAGGGGGACCCAGAGGAGGGUCUGACAGAGAAAAGGAGAGUCCAACCUCAAGUAAACGACGGCAGUGGAGGAAAGAAGAGCCACUGGACAAUCUGGUCAUCACCUCUGUCCACCGGCUUUCACAGAAGAUCAAGCUCACCAUUGACAGGACCGUGGCUAAAGCAAAACAUGUGUACGGACCUGAUCAGCCCCUUCCUGAUGUGAAGUCUAGAGAUGAUGGUGACCUCCCAAUGCUGAAGUCUUCCAAUCAGGAGAUUGCAGCCAUUCUUGGUAACUUGAGAAGAGUAGAAAGGCAGAUAGAAGUUCUGGACCGGUUGAUCGACCCUGAUGACCAGAUCCCGGUGGACAGUACGGAGGACGACUCCAGCUCCACCCUAGUGGGUCCCCCUGCCUCCACCCCCUCCUCCACCGGCCACAGGACCCCCGUCUCCGAGUACGAGCAGAAGACACGAUCCUGGCAGGCCGCCGACCGCUCGCUGUCGGAACAGUCUGAGGGGAUGGACUCGGAGGACGGGGAGUUCGACAUUCACUUCAACAGGUUCAACCCGUCAGGAGACGAGGACUACUCCACCAUGGAAUAAGUUCACUGAUUCUAAUCUAAACCAGCCAUGUUGCAGGAAUGGGAAACAGACUUGUUUUAUUUGGAAGAAAUCUUGCCCAUAUUGAACCCUUACCUGACAGUCUACGGGUGCGUGUUCGCUUUAGAGAUGUGAUGCAAAUGAUUCACAGCUGAAUUUUGUCCAAGGCAUUGUAUCAUACCUGCAAGUUAUGUGUAUAAUUUAUGUCCAUGCCAAAAAAAUGUUUUUAAAUGUUGGAAAAUUUAUGGAAAGACAUCCUUUUUAAUUUCUUGCAAAGUGAGGAGAUUCUUGGUUAUGAUGGAAGAAUUUUAGAAAUGAUGAUUACCAGUAGAGGUAGUUUCAAAACUGACAAAAAAUGAAGUAUAUUUAUCCAGAAAUGAACUUGAAAUGUUUUAGGUCCUACAAAUCUAGUGGCAGAUAGUCACAUUAAACAGCUGUUUUCUGACCAGCAGCAGAGUAAAUCAGCAUGAGACCAGUAGUUUACCUUAAUCAGUGAUAUCCUUGCAUGUCCCAGCAUUCUUCAGUGCAAUCAAUGUUUUGUCCAGUCCUAACCUGUGUUGUGGUUCUUCUUUCUGAAAUAAAGCACUUAAAAAGUCGAAAUAAUGGAAGAAAAAACAGCAAAUAUUGCUGUAAAGAAAUUCCUAAAAAGUGUCAAAGAAGGUGCAAAUAUUGAAAAUAUGUAAAGCAUACUUGUAUUGCUAGAUUUUAGUCUAUAUCCAGAAAUGGAGUAAAGACAUUGCUUACUAAAGAGUCACUGCAUCUGGGGAACCAAAAGGAUUGUCCAACCUGUGGUGCAAACUAGUUACACAUGUAAUAGCAAAAUAUGAUGAAUGUAAAAUACAUUGCAUUGAAACAAUGAUUUGUCAGUGGAACUGUGAACCAAUUACCGCAUGUGUCUGAGGUAUGCAUACAGUCAUGUUGGGGAAGAAAUGUUGCUAGUUACAAGAAGAAAGUGUCUUACUGGACAUAUUAACUGACUAGUGUGAGAGUUGUGUCGCAACAGGUUCGUGACCAUACAUGCUAAUCUCCAGGCAGAUGUUGGGGUGGAAGAUUAUGUUUUCUGACUGACAGGCUUCAUCUUGCAGACAGAAUCCUUGUGUACAGUGUCAUCAAAGCUCAGAAAAUGGAAAAAUGACAACCUUCCAUCCCAACAUCUGCUUGGGGAUUACAGAUAUGCUGCUGCGUUGGGAGCCCAUCAAAUCAAUGACAUAACCCAUUGCUGCAAAUGCCUUGUCUGCCAUUAAGUUAUGAUUUGCUGUUGACUGUACAUUUUGCAGUAUUGUUGGAAACAACAUUUAUGUCUGUUUAUACAAAAGUACCUUUGAAAAUAUUAUGUCAACAUGGUUAAAGAUGAUUGAGCAUUUUGAUGGUAUUUAUUUCCUAGCCUUCUAAAUUGAUAGUAGAUGUGUGUUGUUGUAUAUCUUUUUAUUUUAUUUUUAAACCUUGCCAAGACAAAUCAAAGCUACCCCACCAGACCGCAUCACUUGGAGCCAAUAAAAAGCAAAGUUUUUUUUAAUUUAUGAAAGUACAAGUGUGCAUUUUACAAUAUUUACAGUGAUGUAUUUAUGCAAACCAAUGAGAAAUAAAGCUAUGAAUAUAUAUGAUCCGUGGCAAUGUUUUCUAAUUUACAAAAUAACUUUAUCUCAAGGGAGUGUUGUAUUGGUGUGUCCAUGUUUCUAACUUUGCUUGGAGGGGGAGGUUUGUCAUCAACCUACUGCAUGUUACAUUCGAAUUUUCCUAU